GGAUGCGCUGUUUUUCAAAAAGAUAUGGCUAGGCGUGACCUGCAGGCCUUCAUAUGACUUCAUUCUUCGGAUCCAUUCGAAGUAGCUGCUCGGAACGCAUGUCGUUAACCGUCGUACUCCUCAAUUUAUCCGUUGCAGACGUGUUCCCGACGUGUAUAUAUGCUGGUGAUUUCUAACGCCCUCUAGUCGACAACGUAUACCUCAACUGCUGUCUAGACUAGACAACAAGUGAUCUGUGUACUAUAUUGACCUCUAUGAUGGAAAAGACCUUUCUUGCACUCUCGCUUUGCUUUGCCUUUGUCUACGCCAUUCCUGCCUUUGAGGGAGUAACCUCUUGGUCCUCUAUCGGGAGUCUUGUCCCAGGAAUCACCUAUUUGGAAGCUAUAGGUCCAGACGGUGUCGGGGACGCGACUUAUCAUGUCCCUCAAUACAUGUCCAUCCAAGCCCCUCGGGGCCUACCCGGCAAUGCAACCGUUUAUCGGAAUAAGUCGCCACCCCUCUUCUACAUCCAUAACAACCAAUUAUGGCAUUUCCACAACGAGUCCACUAUCCUCCCCGUCCACGUACACAACUCGACUUUAACGUCGAAGCUUCCACUCCAAGUUGUCGUGGGGGACAGGGAUCCCAAACUUGCGAAGAGGACGCUGGUCAGAGGUGGCAAUUGGCGAUGGCAAGGAACGAUGUUGCGUUAUGAACAGGGUGACAAUUCGACACCACUGUUUUACUCGUGUCAGGACACAAAUGGCCUCCUAGGUCUCUUCCUCUUUCUAGAGCCGUACGUGUCCUUGCCUUUACCUCGAGAAGCAAUCACUGACACGUUGUCUCAGAGCUCCGACACCAGUUGGCUGCUCUCCUUUUACAAUGCAUAGUUUCAACCGCGUUCAGUACCGUUCAUAGCGACUUCAGAUGUUCGCACGACAUAGCUCAUCUACACAUCCGCAUAUACGUACCUUAUCACAUACUUAUGACUUGCACUAAAAGUGGCCAUUGAAAACGCCCCGGUUGUCACAUC